UCGGGGGAAGUUGCUCGCUGGGGCGCCGGGUUUCUCAGGCGGGCAGAUGACCUUCACGACUCGAUGCGCCAGAUGACGACGAAGCUGCGCCGCCUGGAGACGUGGCUGGGGGAGAUGGACGGGCGGGUGCGUCGGGCCCUGGACGACGCUUUGGACGAGAGGCUGAACAAUGUCCUGAGCGAUGCAGUAGACGCAUUGGAACAGCGGAUAACGAGGCGGAUGGAAACAGCUGUUGCCGCCCUCGAGAAGCGGCUGGAGCGGCGUCUGCACAACAUAAUCUGUCGCCAACAC